AUGAAAACCUAGACUAAUGAGACCAUUUCAUUUAACAUAUUAAAUUUUCCAUCUUCAAAGGAAUUUUUAUAAGGGUUUAUGAUGAAUAAUAAUCAUAUUUGUUAAAAACUCAAUAUACCCUUGCUACAAAAAAAAAAAUAUUUAGAGAAAAAUUAAAGAGUUCGUUUUUAAUUGUUUAGCAAUCCAAUAGAAAUAGAAAGUAUGUAAUAAAGGAAUUAAUAAACUCAAAGACUCAAACUUUAAACUUCUUUUUAGAUUAAUGAAUAGAUGGAAAAUAAUAUUCAAGAAUUAAUAUCUAGGGAUAAAGAUAUGUAAAUAAAAAGAAGAUUUACAUAAUCCCAUCAGAUUAAAAAACCAUUUGAAAUAUAAACUUUAAAGAUCUUAAAUACCAAUAGAGAUAGAAUGUAAUCUAUGCCAACUGAGUCAUUUUAAUUUGGUUUUUAAAUUUUAGAAAAUUAGAAAAAUGAUACUAGAAGAUAGAAAUCAUUAUUUGUUGAAUCAAAUAGUAAAUAAAAUUAAAUACCAAAGAUCUCUCUUUCUAAUAAUAAUAAAAAGAUUAGAAAUUAAUCCAUAAAAGGAAUUUUUAAUUAAAUAAUUCAUUAGAGAGAAACGAUUGAUCAUGCAAAAAUUAAAAUGAGACUUGUAGUAAAAAAGUUGAGACUUAAGGUUAUUGCCAUAUUAAUUAUGGCUGUUCUUAAGUUAAGCAAAAAAUAUAAGUAAAAUUUAAAUCUUAACAUAGACUUGUUCUUCUAAAAAGAAAUUAAGCUUUGUUGCAUUUUAAAAAGUUAAAGACACUCCAUUUAAAUCAUCUAAAUAAGUAUUAACAGAGAAUAAUUAAGCAAUAAUAUUAAAAUUUUAUAGAAAAAUUAUUUUCUAAGAUUAUUAAAUUAUUAAACAGUUAAAAUUAUAUUAAAGAUUUUAGUGAAAUCUUCAAUAAAAAAUAAGAAUUGAUUGUUGAUUUUUAGAAGUAAAGACUAUGUUAUUUCAUAAAAUUAUUAUUUUAAGAUUUAGAAUUGAUAACUAGAAAAAAUUUCUUGCCACCUUGUAUACUACAUUCUUUAAAUUUAAGUCUUUUUUAUGGAAAACAUACAUAAACUAGUUAAUUUGUAUCAAAUAGAACUUAAUUUUACUCAAAAACAGUUCAUUCUCUUAAUUAAGAUUAAAAAGUGUUAAUUGCUUUAGAAUAUCUUAUUUUUACAUUAAUUCUACCUAAUCUUUUAGAAAUUACUAAUAAAUAAGUUUAUACAGAUUCAGAUCUUUAAAUGAAUUUUUAAUUUUAUUUUAUUGCUAUUCCUGUCUUAUUAACAGUAUUUUUCACAAAUCAUUUCAAAAAGUUAUAAAAAAUUAAAAACUCAAAUGUUAAACCAAUUUAACUGAUACUAAAUGUUUAGGAAGAAGAAGGAAAUUCUCCUAUGAAAACUUAAUUAAUUACUUCAUCAAAAUUAGAAACUGAUGAAGAGUUGAUAAUAUCUGGAGAUUUUAAAUUCAAUUUUGUUUAUAAAAUAUUUUAUGAAAAACCUAAAUGGAAAAUUUAAAUGAGUACACUCUUUUCAUAAAUAGUGAAAAAUAUAGAAGCAUUAAUAGAUAUUUAAAAUGCAGAAUGA